UGUCUUUGCUUCCCCUUCGUCUUUUUCCGUACUUGUUUCCUCCCGCUCCUAACUCUCUCAAUCGCUUCUCUCCUCUUCUCUCUGUCUCACCGGCGGCGAAGCUUCCGGCUGCGGCUACUUCUGACGGACAAGCGUAGCUCCAAACCACCGUUAGUGAAAAUGGGGAGUGAUGACAAUCUGAAGGCAUGGGUAUCAGAUAAGUUGAUGUCACUGCUUGGAUAUUCUCAGCCCACAGUUGUACAGUACAUGAUUGGACUAUCCAAGCAGGCUGCUUCACCAGCAGAUUUGGCGGGUAAACUAGUGGAGUUUGGGAUCUCAUCGUCAGAUACUCAUGCAUUUGCUGAUGAAAUAUUCUCUCGAGUUCCUCGUAAAUCUUUUGGUUUAAAUCAAUAUCAGAAACAAGAGAGAGAAGCUGCAAUGUUGGUAAGGAAGCAGAGGACUUAUGACAUUUUGAAGGCUGAUGAUGAUGAUGAUUAUGUUGGUGGUGAAGAUAAAUCUUCCAAAGCUACUACAUCAACGUCUAAAAAGAUUGAUAGCCGUAACAAACGUUUCAGGAAGAAAACUGAAUAUCAAGAUGAUGAAGAUGAUGAGGUAAUUUCAAGAAAGGAAAUGGAGAGACAAGUUAAGAGACGAACUUCUCCCGGUGAAGAUACUGGAUCAGAGUCAGAAGAAGAAAGAUUAAAAGAUCAAAGAGAGAAGGAGGAACUAGAGCAACAUCUGAAAGAAAGAGAUGCAGCAGGGACCCGGAAGUUGACUGAACAAAAAUUGACAAGAAGGGAAGAAGAAGAGGCAAUUCGAAGAUCUACUGCACAAGAGCAGGAUGAUAUUCAAGCUUUGAGAAAGGUUUCAAGGCAAGAAUACUUGAAGAAAAGGGAGGAGAAGAAGUUAGAAGAACUGAGAGAUGAUAUAGAAGAUGAACAAUAUUUGUUUGAGGGCGUGAAGCUUACCGAAGCAGAAUAUCGUGAGCUUAGAUACAAGAAAGAAAUAUAUGAACUUGUAAAGAAGCGGUCAGAGGAGGCUGACAAUGUCAAUGAGUAUAGGAUGCCAGAAGCUUAUGAUCAGGAAGGUGGUGUUAAUCAGGAGAAGAGAUUUUCUGUGGCUAUGCAACGUUACAGGGAUACAAAUGCUGAGGAGAAAAUGAACCCAUUUGCUGAACAAGAGGCAUGGGAGGAACACCAAAUCGGUAAUAUUAUCUUUGGAAAGGCAACGCUAAAGUAUGGUUCAAAAAAUAAAAAACAAGCCGCCGAUGACUAUCAGUUUGUUUUCGAGGACCAGAUUGAUUUUAUCAAGGCAUCAGUGAUGGAUGGAGAUAAUUUUGAUUAUGAAGAAAUGGAAGAUGCACUUGAAAAGUCCAGAGCAAAGUCAGCUUUAGAGGCACUUCAGGAGGAGAGGAAAAAGUUGCCCAUUUAUCCUUAUCGGGAGGAAUUGCUCCAAGCCGUGCGUGAUCAUCAGGUGCUUGUAAUUGUUGGAGAAACUGGUUCUGGAAAGACCACACAGAUUCCCCAAUAUCUUCAUGAGGCUGGCUACACAAAGCAAGGAAUGAUUGCAUGUACCCAGCCACGGCGUGUUGCAGCUAUGAGUGUUGCUGCUCGUGUUUCUCAAGAAAUGGGUGUUAAGCUAGGACAUGAGGUUGGUUACUCUAUCCGGUUCGAGGACUGUACAUCGGAGAAGACUAUUCUGAAAUAUAUGACUGAUGGAAUGUUGUUGAGGGAAUUCCUUGGUGAACCUGAUCUGGCAAGUUACAGUGUUGUCAUGGUGGAUGAGGCUCAUGAAAGGACACUCUCAACUGAUAUUUUAUUUGGAUUAGUAAAGGAUAUUUCUCGUUUCCGGCCUGAUCUUAAGUUGCUGAUAUCUAGUGCUACACUAGAUGCAGAGAAGUUCAGUGACUACUUUGAUUCUGCUCCAAUAUUUAAAAUUCCAGGGAGACGGUAUCCUGUUGAAAUAAACUUUACAAAAGCACCAGAAGCUGACUACUUAGAUGCAGCUAUUGUCACAUCACUUCAAAUCCAUGUCACUCAACCUCCUGGUGAUAUCUUGGUGUUCCUUACUGGUCAAGAAGAAAUCGAAACUGCUGAAGAAAUCUUAAAGCAUCGAACUAGAGGCUUGGGCACAAAAAUUGCCGAGUUAAUAAUAUGCCCUAUAUAUGCCAACCUACCAACUGAGCUACAGGCUAAAAUAUUUGAACCCACACCUGAAGGGGCAAGAAAGGUUGUCCUUGCAACUAAUAUUGCUGAAACAUCGUUGACAAUUGAUGGGAUCAAGUAUGUCAUUGAUCCAGGAUUCUGUAAGAUGAAAAGUUAUAAUCCAAGAACAGGAAUGGAGUCCUUAUUGGUAACACCCAUCUCAAAAGCUUCAGCAAUGCAAAGAGCUGGGCGUUCUGGAAGAACAGGACCUGGGAAGUGCUUCCGAUUGUAUACUGCAUAUAACUUUCACAAUGAUCUAGAUGAUAACACUGUUCCAGAAAUACAACGGACUAACCUGGCAAAUGUAGUGUUGACUUUGAAAAGUCUUGGUAUUCAUGACUUGCUUCACUUUGACUUUAUGGAUCCUCCACCUGCAGAGGCAUUAUUGAAAGCCCUAGAGCUUCUGUUUGCAUUAAGUGCACUAAAUAAACUGGGUGAGUUAACAAAGGUAGGAAGACGGAUGGCAGAGUUCCCAGUUGAUCCUAUGUUGUCAAAAAUGAUUGUAGCUUCAGAAAAGUACAAGUGUUCAGAUGAGAUCAUUUCUAUUGCUGCUAUGCUUUCUGUUGGGAACUCGAUUUUUUAUCGUCCAAAGGAUAAACAAGUCCAUGCAGACAAUGCAAGGAUGAACUUUCACACUGGAAAUGUUGGAGACCAUAUUGCAUUGCUAAAGGUCUACAACUCAUGGAAGGAGACCAACUAUUCAACACAAUGGUGCUAUGAAAAUUAUAUACAGGUAAGGAGUAUGAAACGGGCUAGGGAUGUCCGUGAUCAACUCGCAGGUCUUCUAGAGCGGGUUGAGAUUGAACUAACGUCAAAUUCUAGCGAUUUGGACGCCAUCAAGAAAUCCAUAACAUCUGGAUUUUUCCCCCAUUCUGCACGACUGCAAAAGAAUGGAUCAUAUCGAACUGUUAAACAUCCACAGACUGUUAACAUACAUCCUAGUUCGGGGCUGGCACAGGUUCUUCCAAGAUGGGUUGUAUACCAUGAACUAGUGCUUACAACCAAGGAAUAUAUGAGACAGGUCACUGAAUUAAAGCCAGAGUGGUUGGUGGAGAUAGCUCCUCACUAUUACCAGCUCAAGGAUGUUGAAGACGCCGGUUCCAAGAAAAUGCCCCGUGGAGAAGGACGUGCACAAUAGGACAGGCUGCUGAUGACACAUCGUUACAGAUGCUGUGCUAGCUGGAAAUACUCAUGGUGUUUUCUUGGAGACCAAAAAUAUCGUCGGGAAACUUGGUAGAAGCGGCACACUGUAAAUAUUGUUUUUGCUGUACUAUACAGAGCAUUGCUGUAAUAAUUUCGUUACCUGUUGAAAAUUAGCCUUGAGCAUAGUAACCUUCCAUGUCGCACUUGCAUCCUUGGUGUGUAGGUUAUAUAUACUUGUAUCUAGAAUCUUGAUAGCUGAGUGGGAGUAAUUUAAACAUGUCAUUUAACUAUAGAGAAUUUGUCAUUUUAGGCUUCAGUUUCAACUUUAGGUGACAACUGACAAGUGGGUCUGAUCUGGUUCGUUAUUGUAUUGCUGCUUUAAUGUUUGUAUAAGCCAUUGCUUGAAAGCGGGUUGCAUUUUCCUUAGCAGCAUGUAGUUCUACUGCACAUAACCAUGCAUAUUUCGUUUGAUUUGGAAAAUACCAUUGCAAUGAUGUAAUCUAUUUUCUUUUUGGGGUCAACAA